CAGCUCCGCAGCCAUGAACGUCGUCCUCUCCAGAGAUAACCAAGUGAGGAUCAUGGAGAACACAGUAGCCAAUGCAGAAAAAUACUUUGGCCAGUUCUGCACGCUGAUGGCCUCCUAUGUCCGGAAGACUGCUAAGCUCCGGGACAAGUCAGACCUCCUGGUCAAACAGCUCCUCGACUAUGCCAACACAGAAAACCCAGAGCUGAGAAGCACCAUGAAAAGCUUUGCGGAGGAAUUAGCCAAAGUGCAGGAUUACCGGCAGGCUGAGGUAGAGAGGCUGGAAAUGAAGGUCAUCGAGCCACUAAAGCUGUACGGAGUCCGUCUCAAGCAGACAAGGGCAGAAAUCAAGAAGUUCAACAGCGUCCGUAACAACGAGAUAAAGCAGCUGGAGAAGCUGGAGAGGCUGCGGCAGAAGUCGCCGUCAGACCGGCACACCAUUUCCCAGGCCGAGUCCAGCGUGCACAAAGCCUCGGUCGAUGCCAGCCGCACCACCCAGCAGCUGGAGGAAACCAUCGACGACUUCCAGAAGCAGAAGCUGAGAGACAUCCAGAAGAUUUUCUUGGACUUUGUUACCAUUGAGAUGGUUUUCCACGCCAAGGCUCUUGAGGUCUUUUCCAGUGCCUUCCAGGCCCUGGAGGACUAUGACUUGGAGAAAGACCUGGAGGAUUUUAGAGCUAAGAUCCACAUCGCUUCUGGCAAUUACAACGCGAGGCCAGGCAGUGCUCUGAAUCCCUCCCCCACCCUGCCGUGGUCCACAGGCAGUCAGACCGUUCAGAGCGUCUUAGGGAAGAUGGUUUUGAGCGAAGAAGACACGCUGCAGGAUCUCAGCGAUACAGAAUAUGCACCGAUUAGACGGUAACAUGAGCGGUGCAAUUAGCUGGCCAUGAUCACGACAACCGGACAUGUUUAUUCUUCAUUUCUUUACUGAACCUUCAAUUUUCCAUGAAGACAAGGAGCUCUCAGACAGGUCCUGAAGAAGUUUGGAAACCAUGCAAACAUACCGAGAUGACUCCAAGUAGCUCAGUCAGUCUCCGAAUUAGAAGGAAACCAGAUGUUUUGUUGGCUGGUUGAACAUCCUCUGCUGCAGCCUGUGGCAUUGCCUUGCCUGAUUACAAACGAGCAACAGGCCCCAAAGCCACACAUUGCAAGCGUGCCCCAUGCAAGGAAGGCAGAGAGCACUUUGUAGGAUCACACAGCCCCUGAGGGCUGAAAUUUAGGAAGGUGAAUUUGUGCCCAUCCUCCUGGAGCCCAACAACAUCUGUCCAUCUGCGAGGCAUGGCCCGUACAACUGGGUGCAACCUCUGAAGAGGCACCAAAACCCUCAGUUAGCCAAGACAUUUAUACAGACACCGCAGACGGACUCAAACUAGGGAUGCCAAAGGCAGGUCUGACCCUCUUACCAAUGAGAUAUAGAUGACCUACUCCCACUUCCAGCUGCUGUCAGGCAGUCCCCGGGUUUCCAUCAGUAAGUCUUCCCAACGGGUCUACUCCCGCAGCUUGCUGAAUGCCAAUAGGUAUACACCAAAUAGGUCCAAGGCAUCAAAAUAUAUCUCCCACGUUUCACUUCCCCUACUGUUUUGCAGCACUUCGUUCCCAGUCAUUCCCACAAGCUGUUCCCAUGCAGCAUAAUAAAACAGCAGCAUUUUUCAUGCCUUC